AUGGAAGAGGCCGCUUUCCCACGGCGCGAAAUCGAUGGCGUGGAGCUGUCGAGGUGCAGCCCCGAGGACGCCUUGAAGAACCGCGAGAAAGGCAAAGAGGUUGACAAGGACAUCGAGCAGCAAGACAGCGAGGAGGCCCACGGCCUGGCAGAUCCUGGCUGGGCCCGCCCCGUGGCCACGGUGAUCUACUUGUGCGUGGCCCUUGGCCACCUCAUCCUGGUGAAGGAGCAAUGCCUUGAGACGCAGUCGGAGGGCGUCCUCUUCGUUUCGCUGGCUGUGCUGCAGGUCUCCUUGGGCUUCGAGGCCACGGUGUAUGCGCUGGGAGGCCUCGUGCAGCCUGGUGGAGGGGGCUGUGUUGUGAGCUUUUUGGAGUCUGCGGGGCGCUUCCGUCUCCUGCUGGGUGCCACUGUCUGGGCGUGGCUCGUGCCCUGGGCUGCGGAAGUCCACUGCCGUUGUGGUGAGCAGCCUCCACGAGCCACCGCAGUACUCGCUCAUCAGCAGGGCCAGACGUUGGCAUGCUUCGUGAGUGCCUACUUCGCCCUGCGUGAAGUCUGCGUCCUCCUCCGCGGCGAGCCACCGUCCGCUCUGGACCGGUCGGUUCAACCUCGCUUUGGCGACUGCCUGCCCAGCAAUGCGCUUCUUGGCGGCCAGUUUCGCAUGGACAAGGCUGAGUUUGAGCAGACUGGAAGGACGGUCUUCGUUCCAUCACGACUUCGCGCUGGCCUGGACACCUCCAGCGGGCUUGCCCUGGCUGCGCACCUCGCAUCUGCCCUGGCCUUGCGCCAGAACCGCUGGCUCCUAGCGACGCUGCUUUGCCUCCUGGCCCGGAGGCUGGGCAGUGCCUGGGAGGUGCUGUUGGGGCGCCGUGGAGCCUGGGCUCGUGAGGUUCCGCGCCUGCUCUGUCGCUUUGGAGAGCUGUGGUGGCUUCGAUGUGCUCUCUGGCAGCUGCAGCAAUGCGAGCUCGAUGCCAACGGACAGCUUCCUCAAUGCGCUUUGAUUCUGCAUGAUGUGGCAGUUUCGGACCGCGUUGGAAAACUCUUAGCCAUGCCGGAGAUAUGGCUGGAGAAGUACCGACCCAUCAAGUUCGAGGACGUGGUCGGCAACUCUGCUGCCGUGACGAUCCUCAGAUCACAUGCCACCGCAGGCACCUUCCCCCACCUGCUCCUCACCGGUCCACCCGGCUGUGGCAAGACGACGGUGGUGCACUGCCUCGCCAGGGAGCACCUGAAAGAGCACUACGAGCAGGGCUGCAUCGAGCUGAACGCCUCGGAUGACCGAGGCAUCGACGUCGUGCGCGAAAAGAUCAAGGGCUUCGCGCAACAAAAGGUCUCUUUGCCAGAAGGCAAGCUGAAGGUAAUUAUUCUGGAUGAAGCAGACAGCAUGACCCAAGCUGCGCAGCAGGCCAUGCGUCGGACGAUGGAAAUCUUCAGCGAAACCACUCGCUUUGCCUUGGCGUGCAACAUCUCUUCGAAGAUCAUCGAACCCAUCCAGUCCCGCUGUGCGAUCCUUCGUUUCAGCCGAAUAUCCGACGAGGACAUGCUUCAAAGGCUGAAGCUAGUGUUGGAGAAGGAGGGCGCCCCGUACGACCAGUCUGGUUUGGAAGCCUUGGCUUUCUCCGCAGAGGGUGACAUGCGCAACGCCCUGAACGGAGCGCAGUCGACCUUCAACGCCUUCGGGGAAAUCAACAAAGCGACGGUCUUCAGGAUGAAUGACCAGCCCCAGCCCGAGAAGGUGAAGAGCUGCCUGGAGGCCAGCUUGAAGAAGGAUGCCAAGGGCACCUUUGGCCCGAUGCACGAGAUCUGGAACCAGGGCUACAGCACCACCGACAUCAUCUCCACAUUCUCGCGCGUUGCCAAGCAGAUGGAGGCCCCAGAGCACAUCAAGCUGGAGUGGCUCAAGGAGAUCGGCCUCGCACACGCGCGUGUGACGGCGGGAGCCCAGAACCUCUUGCAGCUGGAUGCCAUGGCCGGAUUCCCAGCAAGUUUUUUCACCAGGCUCGGAGCCUUGGAUUCCUCGACUGAUUGCGGGCAUUGCGGGCAUGGGCAAAGCGAGAGCUUGAGGCUGAUGCUCGGGGAAGCAUGCUUGGGGGCCGUGAUGCUAGGCGCCAGCUUGGCUGCUAACAAGGCCAAGAUCAUCUGUCAGCAGUGUCUAGCUCCGGGCCACUGGACGUACGAGUGCAAGAACGGAAGCACUUACCAGGUCCGCGCCAGCGCUUCGCGACAGCUCAAGCAGAAACGCUUCAAGCAGGCCUUCCUGGAAGAAGAGGCGCCCGAGGUGCCCUUCAACGCCUUCCUGGGUGACGACCGUGCGCGAUUCGGAACAAGGAAAGACACUGCAGGACCCCCAGAAAAGAAGCCCAAGACAGAGAAGGAUGCAAAGGAAAAGAAGGAGAAGAAGGCAAAGAAGAAAAAGGA